CUUCCUUCUGAGCAUGAUCCUCGCCAAUGGAGCAAGCGAAAACGGUGGACGAUAGCCCUCAUAAUCUGGAACCUCAUUGCUCCAAUGUACGGCUCUGGAGUGCAAGACCAGGUACAGGAAGAGUUUGGCACAUCGAAUACCCUCGCGACUUUAGGUGUGGGGUUAUACAAUCUCGGCGUUGUAUUUGGGGUACUCUUCGGAGGACCACUGAGUGAACUUUAUGGUCGUCGACCGGUAUAUAUCGUCUCAUCUAUAUGUUUCGUUGCCUUCAGUCUCGGUUCAACACUUUCGCUAAAUAUAUUCGCUCUCUUGAUCUGCCGGACACUUAUGGGCCUAUUUGGGAGUCCUGUCUUCUCGAUCUACGGUGGCUCAGUGGCAGACCUUUUUACGCCGGAAGAACGAGGCCCGGUGGUUGCAUUAUUUACACUCGUGUUACAAGGUGCCCCAACCAUCGGGCCUGUCCCGUCCUCUUUGCUAGGGCCCUUUUUUCCUUGGCGACGGCUACUCGAUCUUAUAACCAUCUGGGGUGGGGUUCUUGCUACCGUCACAAUAUUGUUCGUCCCCGAAACCGAGCCUAGAACAAUUCGAAGGAAGAUAGCCGAAUCCGAAGAUGUCGAUAUCAAAGAAAUAAAUUCCUCCAGCAAGGUUUGGACUAAAGCACUACUUACGCCGAUCACCAUACUUCGUAAUGAACCUAUCAUGAUCUGGACUACGCUAUACCACUCCUUUGUCUUUGGGCUCUUGUUCCUUCUCCUCGAGGUAUACCCGCAUAUCUACGACACUCAUUAUUCUAUGUCGCGAGAACAAGCUGGUCUGGUCUUCAUUGCCCCAUUCGUUGGGAAUGUGCUUGGCGUUCUCGUAUACUUUGGAUACCAUAAACCACUGUACGAAGCGCGCCAACGCACAAUUCAGAUCGAAUCAGGUGGUAAAUUAGAGAUUGAGCCUGAAGCCCGCCUACCUGGUGUUCUUCUUGCAUCGCUUCUUACUCCCAUCGGAUUAUUUUGGUUGACGUUUUCGGCACAGCCGGACAUACAUCAUAUAUUCCCUACGCUUUCAGGUGUUCCGAUUGGGAUGGGAAUGACUCUCUUGCAACUUUCGUUAUUCAACUACUACAUUGACCUUUACCCAACUAUGUCGGCAUCCGCUAUCGCUGCAAACACUGCCGUCCGGAAUAUCGUAGCGACUGUGCUGCCGACCGUCGGGGUGCCACUAUACACUUCCUUGGGUAUACGCAAUGCGAACGUGUUAUUGGCAUGCAUCAGCUGUAUAGGGCUCCCGACUGGUGUUAUUUUGUAUGUUUUCGGAAGAAAACUCCGGGCGGCGAGCAGAUGGGCCAAACAG